GUCUACGAUGUGAGCAGCUACUUAGAUGAGCAUCCCGGAGGGAAAGACCUUCUGCUGGAUGUAAUUGGCACCGAUGCGACAGAGCAUUUCGUUCAGGCGGGGCAUUCCGACGAGGCACAAGAUACCCUCUCUAGUCUCGCAGUUGGCAGAGUC